UCGACGCCCGCUCAGGCACAUCCCGAGACGCAGCCACCGCGUGUGCGCGUGUAUAUAUGUGCGCGUGUUUCUUACCUAUACCUACACACACACACCCCGCCGCCGUUCGAAGACGUCAUGCUCGAACCGAAUUUCAAUCCGGGUUUACGCGGCGUGAUGUCCGGUUUUUCGCCCUACGCCUCGCAUCUGAUGGGACUCAGCAUCCAUCCGACGAACCUGCCGUACGGACUGCCGCCGCAAGGUCACGGCUUCGGCUUCAGCAUUGACGGACUCAUGAGCAGAGACCCGCUGUGUCCGCACGGCAUCGGCUCCAUGAUGCAGGCCGGCGGCAGUCCGCACAGCGCCGGACAGCAGGAGAAGAAGAACGACGACAGCGAGAGCAAAGAUCAGCAGAACGGCACCAAGCGUCGGCGCAGUCGCACCAACUUCACCGGAUGGCAGCUCGAGGAAUUAGAACGCGCCUUCGAGACGAGUCACUACCCCGAUGUAUUCAUGCGCGAAGCUCUCGCGUUAAAACUAGAUCUCGUGGAAUCAAGAGUGCAGGUCUGGUUUCAAAAUCGACGCGCAAAAUGGCGGAAGAAGGAGAACACUCGCAAGGGACCGGGCCGACCCGCGCAUAACGCACACCCGUCGACGUGUAGCGGCGACCCUAUCGACGCCACCGAGAUGGAGCGACGGCAGAAGGAACGCGCCGAAAAGAAGCGUCAGAAGGCGGCCGACCGCGCCGCCAAGCACGCAAAAGGCGACGGGAAAACGUCGCCGGGCCACGUGAGCAGCGACUGCGACAGUCAGAGCAGCCACGCCGACGCGUCGUCGGGCGCGCGCGUCAGCUCGUCCGACUCGGACGCCCCUGGCGGCGGCGAGGCGCGGCGCGUGGCGACGGUCGGCGGAGGCGUCGUCGUCGAAGAGCAUCCGCUGCGAAACAGUCCGUUCAGCAUAGCUAACAUUCUAGCGACGCCGAAAGUUCCGCGCGGCCGUCGACCGAACUCGAAGUACCCGCGCGUGCAGGCGUGCAAGUCCGCCAACCCGUUCGGCCUCGGCAUGUAUCCGCUACAUCCCGUCACGCAGCCCGUCGGCUUCGUCAUACGGCAACGCCAGGAGACGCUGCCGGCCGCCGACGACGCGUACGAUCGCGCCGACACGGCCGACGUCGCGUUCGAUCACGUCAGACGAACUGAACUCGAGGCCGUGACGUCGAGCGUCGGUCAGGCCGGCUCGCCGCCGACGCCGACGACGAGACGGCGCGACGACGAACCGGAAGUCGUUGCCGACGACCAGCCGGAAAGCGUGACGGAUAUGAUGUCGCAUACGCAGCUUCCGGUCGAGACUGAUCUGAGCGAAGACGAGGACGACGACGAUGACGACGACGACGAUGGCGAUGGCGAUGGCGAUGACGAUGACGAUGACGAUGACGACGAGGAGAUUGACGUAAAUUAAGUUAUUUUUCGCCUGUUAAUAAUUGCGUGUGUUUAUUAUGUAUGGUUUCUAUAACACGUGCGUGUGUGUGUGUGUCCGCGUAGUACCGAAUAGCAGUUUACACUCUGCGCACAUCCGUAUCGCGGAACUAAUAACUUGUGCCAUGUUCAACUAAUACCAGCAAAAAAAAUUACCCCGAGGCAAACCUCGUGUGUGAAGAAACCCUAAUUCACUCGUAGAUAUAAUCAACUUGUUAUCACACGACGUGCAGCUAGUUAUACGGUAUGCUCUGUUACCUGUUGCCUUGCCUACGCAACAACGCAGACCGAUCCUGCGUGCUCGAUGAUUUAAUAUUUAAAACGUGCGCGCGCGCGGAGGUAUAUAAGGACGUUACUGUUAAUAAAUAAUAAAUCGUCAUCGAUUAAAAUCACAGUCAAUUA